CUGUAGUCACUGGUAUUUGGUAGCUCCAACGUAAAAAAUUAUAAACAAAUUUGUAACAGUGAAUUUGUUUUAUAUUUCUGUGGAUAUACAUUAAGAAACAAAUAAAAUUUUUCGUUGAAAACAUGACGUCGGUGCAAGACAGAUUAAGAUUAAAAAGAUCUUAUGAUACCUGGAGUACCCGUGAACAGUUAUGUUUAGCUUCUAGCGUAUUAAAGUCAGGAGAUCAAAAUUGGAUGAGCGUAUCAAGAUCCCUGAAAGCAUUUGUUGAAAAAGAAACAUUAAGACCACCUGAUUGGUUUUCUCAAAAAUCUUGUGCAAUUCAGUAUGCACAUUUGUUGGAAAAUGCAGAUACUCCUAAGAGAAAAAAAAGAGAAAGCGGAGAAACAACAGGUGAAUCAAUAGUUAGGAGAUUAACACAAGAAAGAAUAGCAGAAUUAGGACAAAUAUUAGCUUUUCAAAGGGAUGAAUAUCACCAGCUUAAAGCUGAAAUAAACAUGUUAAAAUCUGGAGCAGUAACGGAAGACAAAUUACAAAAAAUGUGGCUUGCUAUUGAACAAGAAGAACGGGAACAAGAACAAAAAGCAAGAGCACAUUCUGCAUGGUUAGCAAAGAGACAACAGAAACAGGAAUUAAAUUUACAGCAAGGAGUAUCUGUCAUGAAUCAGCGUAAAUCUACAGAACAUACAGUAGAAAUUCAAGAAACAACAGAAACGGUAGAUGAGGAUGAAAAGAAAAGUAGAGGAGGAAGGUCACCAUUGUUGACAAGUUUAUUAAAAUCUCCGAGUCCAACAACACAAAUUCAAACUUCAACUACCACAGGGCAAGUAAGCUCUCCUACAAUUACGAGUUUACUUGGCUCUAGUCCUAAAGUACCAAAUUCUCAACUAACACAAAAUGUAUCACCCCAAUUGCAUCAAUUGGUUUCUUCUGCAAUUUCAAAUGUACCACCGGAACGACCAUCAGUUGGUGCGCCAACCUUAUCUAUGUUGUUAGAAAUGCCUGCUAAUGCACAACGUGGUCCUCUACCUAAUUUACAAUCAGCUUCUACCAUUGUAUCUCAACAAAAUGUGCCUCCUGAAAUUCAAAAUCUUCAACCGCAAUCAGUUCAUCAAAUAACAGUUCAAAAUGAAGCACCUGUGCCUGCCCAGGCACUUACAAUUAAUGCAUCAAAUAUUCCAGUCACAGAAAGUAUGGUACAGAUAAUAGAUCAUAUAGAUGAUGUAAUACGUAAAGAUAUAAUGGCAGAUGUAAUAGAUAAAGAUGAAAUUAAUGAAAUCAUUGGAGAUAUAGAAGAACUGAUAAAAGAAGAAAUAACUGGAAGUCCACAAACAUUAGAUACAGCUGCAACUACAAUAAAUACCAUUACUGUACCUCAAAUUCACGAAGUACCAGUAGUAACAGAGAGACCAGAGCCUAGAGAUGUAGAUGAAGUUGUAUCGCUUUCUAAUUCACCAGAAAGUGAAAUGGCUAUUGAAGAAAUUGAUUCUAGUACAUCAAAUAUUGCAGAAAUUAUAGGUACAGUUGCUAUUGAACCACAAGAACCUAAAAUUCUUGCAGCUGAAAUAUCUGAAACUAUAACAAAUCCAUCUGAAGAAGUAAAAUCCGAGGAGAGCACAUGCGACGAAAGAUUAAACGAAGAACUUGUUUCUGAACUAGAGGCUCACGAUGGUGAAAACAGCAAAGAUACUACAUUAAAAGAGAAACAAAUGGUUGAUGGAUUUGAUACCAUGGAUACGACUUCAAAUGUGGAAGCUGAAGAAAGUGAUUCAAAAACACCUAUAAAAGAGAUGAUGGAUGAUGUAGGAGAAGAUGAAAUAGAAGAAGACGAAGAUGAAGAUGAAGAAGAAGAAGAAGAAGAAGAAGACGACGAAGAAGAAGAAGAAGAAGCAGAAGAAGAAGACGACGAAGAAGAAGAAGAAGAAGAAGAAGAAGAAACAGAACUGAUUAUACAAGAGUCUAAGGGAUCACCUCGUACCAAACUACAAAGAGAAUCUUCUGAAGAGCUAGAAAAUAAAGGUAACAUGGAAUUAGAUCAGUUGGAAAUGCAUCUUGCUAAAAUUACAGGUGAACAGCAAGAUGUGCCAUCAGCUGAAGUUGUUAGCGUUUCAUCCGAGGUAACAAAUGAUCUUCCCAGCACUGAAGAUACCGAAAAGUCGCAAGAUAUUAGUUUAAUUUUAGAAGAUGAUGAAAGUACGCAUAGUUCAGAUGACAAGAAAAAAGUAACAGAAGAACACAUUAUAGAGAACACUGUAGAAAGUACAGAAUCAAUUGAAUCAUUUAAAGAGGAACCUAUAAUUGUAGUAAAAGAGAAAACUAUUAUAGAAGUAAGUGAAGAGUCGCCAGAAAAAUCUCAAGAAGAACAAACAGAAGAAGCUUUAGAAUUUUAUACAGAAGAAUUCAAGAAAGAAGAUACAAAAGAUUCUUCAGAAGAUACAACAAGUUCUAUACUACAAGAUAUAGAAAUUAAAGAAGAAGAGAUUGAAGAAACAGCAGUUGUAGAAGAUUCUACUCAGUUGGUAUCUCCAGAAGAAUUAGAGACCUCAAAACAAGAAUCUGCAGAAUCUGUUAAACUUGAACCUGAUGUUUCCAAUAUUAAACAAGAAGAAACUAUACUUGAAGAACCUAAAGUAGAAGAAGAAUCUAAAAUUCAAUUGGAGCCUACCCUUAUGUUGGAAGUAAAAAGAGAAGAAAUUCAGGUAAAGGAAGAAAAAGAAGAUAAAAAAAAUGUGGAUAGCGAACGCAUAAAAAAGGAACCAGAAUCUAUAACAAGCGUUGGAGAAGACACUGUUGAAUUAGACGAAGAAGAAUCAUCGCUAAGCAAGUUGAGCGGAGGACGUGCCAUGAAAACUUAUUCUAAAAAACAGAAUGUUUCUAUUGACAGUGAACCUGAAAAUGAAGGAACAGGUGAAGGUGCAGACUAUAGAGCAUGGAAGAAAGCAGUCAUGUUAGUUUAUAAUAGACUUGCUACACACAAGUAUGCAUCUGUAUUUUUAAGACCUAUCACAGAAGACCAAGCACCUGGAUAUCAUUCAGUUAUCUUUAGACCCAUGGAUUUAUCAACUAUUAAGAAAAAUAUUGACAAUGGCACUAUCAGAUCUACGAUGCAUUUUCAACGUGAUGUUAUGUUAAUGUUUCAAAAUGCUAUCAUGUAUAAUAAACAUGAUACAUUUAUUUAUAAAAUGGCAGUUUCGAUGCAAGAAGAAUGUUUACAACACAUGCAGAUAUUAGUGCAAGUUACAGGAGAGGGAACACUUAGAAGAGAAACAAGAACUGCAGCAAGUAGCAGUAGCGAAGCCAGUGAAACUAGUAUUAAAAGAAAAAGAAGUCACAUUACACCAAGUCCGCAUGAUACUGACAGUCCACGCUCAAAAAAACGUAGAAAAUCAGAAAAUGAUUAAGCUCUUUGGUCUGUGCAUACAUAUACAUAAAAUGUGAUAUAUUAAAGUUCAUGAGAACUUUAUUGGAAGAGUGAAAGAAAGGAUAAAUCUAUCCUGUUGGUAUUGAAGCACAAUGCUGAACAUAAAAGAUAUUUAAGUUGUAUAAAAGAACCAAAAAUUCAGUAAUUUUCUCAUAACAGUAGAAAAUGCAUACACAAAUUUUAACUUCAAAUUUCUUUCUUUAACACAUUACUGUGACAACAUAAUAAAUGUACAAUGAACAAACAAACAGUGAUUUGUUACACAUUCUUUUAAGAUGUAAGACUGUCAAAAUUUUACAU